GGGUAAUGGUCGCUCGAGUCGAUUAUUGGAUCGAUCAAUGCCUUAUGGAUCUCGUACAUUGUGGUGAUAAUGCAACAUCAAAGUCAAGACUAGGAAAUUUUUUCUUAAAAUUGGUUACAAUGACUGAAUUCCUGAAGGAACUGGUCCCGGCUGUUCAUGAAUUCUUGACUAAAUAUAUUCAUUCGUGGAAUGGUUUAGAACAUCAAGAGCAAAUUUUUAAACUGUUAACUUUUCUUAGGCCUGGAACUUUUGAUCAGAUUUAUACUGGUUUUUUGGAACCGCUGAAUAAGCUAUUCGUUGUUUCCACGGCCAGCUGGAAGGCCAAGUUAAUACAUUGUUACACUGAUUUGUUAAAAUACUGGAUUUUACUCCAUGUGACAAGACAAAACGAUAUGGAAAAACAAAAUCUUAACGGGAACAUUUCGCCUAUCAAUACUGUGACCAUCCACAAUUUUAUUGACUAUAUCAAUGAAAAUGCUCAAAAUGCCCUUGAAAUCGAAAAUGAUCACAUAGAGAUACAACACGCGGUACUUUCUUUCGUCGAGACCAUAACAUUUUUGCAGAUCAAACACGAGUGGGACAAAAUAUUCAUUCCUUCCUCUUCAAUCGUGUAUCGAUCGUUUUUUUCAUCCUCCGGAAUGGCCCUAUCAAGAAUUUGCGGAAUCAUAUUAAAACUUAAAGAAGGCUUCGAUAGAUGUGCCGGAGUACGGCAAAAUACUCAGGACCAUAUCAAUUAUUUCAAUUCAUAUGUCAUGGAUAUAUGCAACUGUCUGUGGAGAAACCGUCCCUUCAAUAAGACUGAUAAGAAUGCAAAGGGUUUUCAAUUUGAUGAUGAUGUGAUCGACCAAAUGCAAAAGAUGUGCGGCGAAGAUUACUCCAACUUUUUUUCGUUAACCCAUUUACCAUCCCUCGCCAUGAUGUCCAAAAAUUGUAUCCAGGCAUUAGAAGAUUCUACGCCUUAUGUCUUAAAAAGACUUUCAAAACCUGUGACACAUGCGUCGCUCAGACAAGGAAGAAGCGCGGGUGGGAUCGACAUUUCGUACAACAACUUCCGCGUUCACUUUUUAGAUGAACUCUUGGGACGUGGAUACAUUGGCCUAUAUACUUUCUUGUGCCAGUCCAUAACGCAAUUAAAAGAUAGGUCAAGUUUCGGACGAGACAACGUCUUGCGAUCAAGCGUUUCUUAA